CCGUGUCCCAUCACCAUGUUCUGGAAGUUUGAUCUGAACACGACGUCGCACGUGGACAAGCUGCUGGACAAGGAGGAUGUGACACUGGAGGAGCUGAUGGACGAGGAUGACGUCCUGCAGGAGUGCAAGGCCCAGAACCGCCGGCUGCUGGACUUCCUGUGCCAGCAGCACUGCAUGGAGCAGCUGGUCACCCUCAUCACCCAUGAGCCCCCCCUGGACAUGGACGAGAAGGUCCGAUUCAAGUACCCCAACACGGCCUGCGAGCUGCUCACCUCGGACGUGCAGCAGAUCAACGACAAGCUGGGCGGGGACGAGACUCUGCUCAACAUCCUCUACGACUUCCUGGAUCACGAGCCCCCCCUGAACCCUUUGCUUGCCAGCUUCUUCAGUAAGACCAUCGGGAACCUCAUUGCCCGGAAAACGGAGCAGGUGAUUGCCUUUCUAAGGAAAAAGGACAAAUUCAUCAGCCUGGUGCUAAAGCACAUUGACACAUCAGCCAUGAUGGACCUGCUGCUGCGGCUCAUCAGCUGCGUGGAGCCCGCGGCGCUGCGGCACGACGUGCUCAACUGGCUCAAUGAAGCGAAGAUUAUCCAGAGACUCGUGGAGCUGAUCCAUUCCAGCCAGGACGAGGACAGGCAAUCCAACGCUUCCCAGACCCUGUGUGACAUCAUCAGGCUGAGCAGGGACCAGAGCACACAGCUCCAGGACACCCCAGAGCCGGAUCCCCUUCUCACAGCACUGGAAUCGAGUUGGGCAGUGAUUUGUUAUCCCAAAGUCACCGAACCCCGGGAUGGCUGGGGUUGGAAUGGACCUGUAAGACCAUGUGAUACCGUCUGGUGGUUAAAAACGGGAAGGUUUAUCCCGAGGGAAUUGUCCUGCUCUUCCCCUGGCAGGGUGGAAGGACUGAUGGACUCGUACACUCAGGGAUUCGAAAGGUCUUACACUGUCAACAGCAGCAUCCUCCACGGGAUCGAGCCUCGGCUCAAGGACUUCCACCAGCUGCUGCUCAGCCCACCCAAGAAAUCGGCGAUCCUGACCACGAUCGGGGUGCUGGAGGAGCCGCUGGGGAACGCGCGGCUCCACGGCUCCCGGCUCAUCGCGGCGCUGCUGCACACCAACACUCCCAGUAUUAAUCAGGAACUAUGCAGGCUCAGUACCAUGGAUUUAUUACUUGACUUAUUUUUUAAAUACACGUGGAAUAACUUUUUGCAUUUCCAAGUGGAACUGUCCAUAGCAGCUAUUCUGUCCCACUCUGUGCAAGAGGGCAAACCCCCCACGAGUGAGCAGGAGAGCACAGAGGAGGCUCCCAACGGGACCGCGGUGCACACGGAGCCUCCGGCCAACACCCCCGAGAACCUCAUGGUCACCCACCUGUUCCAGAAGUGCUGCCUGGUGCAGAGGAUACUGGAUGCCUGGGAAGCCAAUGACAAAAUCCAUGGAAAACUGUGGAAACUGAGGUGGCCAAGCAUUUGUGCCCUGGAUUUGGUAUUUUCCCUUUAUAAACUCCUUGGAUAUGUGCUGAUUCCAGUGAUAAGAACUAAAGAAUUAAAAAAUCCUAAAACAUGGCUCCAGGGUGCCCCUGGGCCAGCUGCCCUCAGAGCUGAUCCUUGGGGUGCCCUUGUCCUUGCAGAGCUGCCCGAGGACUGCCGGGGGAGGUGGGAGAGCUUCGUGGAGGAGACACUGACGGAGACGAACCGGAGGAACACGGUGGAUUUGGUGAGCACCCACCACCUGCACUCCUCCAGUGAGGAUGAGGACAUCGAAAGUGCUUUUCCCAAUGAACUUACUCUCCAGCAGGCCUUCUCCGAGUACCAGAUCCAGCAGAUGACAGCCAACUUCGUGGAUCAGUUCGGCUUCAACGACGAGGAGUUUGCAGACCAGGACGACAACAUCAACGCUCCCUUCGACCGGAUCGCGGAGAUCAACUUCAACAUCGACGCCGAUGACGACAGCCCCAAUGCCUCCCUGUUCGAAGCCUGCUGCAACGAGCGGAUCCAGCAGUUCGACGACAACGAGGAGGAGGAGGACAUCUGGGAGGAGAAGGAGAUCACCUAUGCAACCCAGGUCAAAUCAAGAACACGGUUUGGAGCGUCCCAGACCUCGGAGGGCUCGUCCAAGAGCGACCUGGAGAACGGAGACCACGACGGGAGCGUGGACUCGGAGGAGGAGGAGGAGCCCGAGCAGCAGCCACCUGCCCCCUCAGCAAACAGCCCCAAGAGCAGCAUUUCUGAGCAGAAGGACUCCUCUGACACCUCUGAAGGGGCCGGCUGGACGGCGGUGUUCGAGCCCGUGAGCUCCAAGCCCCCCGCGCCCUGCGUGGCCAUGGACGUGGGGUCCAGCGUGUGGGACUCGGCCGCCCCGCAGAGCUCCGCGCCCGAGGAGAAGGGCUGGGCCAAGUUCACAGACUUCCAGCCCUUCUGCUGCUCAGAGUCAGGCCCCCGCUGCAGCUCCCCCGUGGACACGGAAAGCGGCGACUCCGACGGGACCCCGAAGCAGGGCCAGGACAAGAACUCUCAUUGUAACGUGGCCCUGCCCUGUUCCCACAGCGACACCGACUCCGUGGUGGUGGAGAAAAUGGCCAUCUCUGACCUGGGGUCACCCAAGGCCCCCAAAGCCCUCAACAACGUGGCCCCACACUCGGAGGGGCACCAGAAAGUGGCCACUGUCAUCACAGCCGUCACGGAAACGGCCACGAAAGACAGGAAAGAAGAGGCCUUGCCCUGCGCCGAAGCCACGUUGAACGGCCCCGCUUGAUGCCGCCGCUGCCACGGGACGUGUGUGACCCAGGCCAGGCUGCUCCUGGUGAUGCAAUUUGUCAAUUCUUAUUAUUUUUUUUUCCAUUUUAAUUUUAUUUUUUAAUAAAUGCUGCAUUGAUGAGAGCGAGCUGGCAUUGAGGACCAGA